UUGGUGGAGGGUAGUGGCAAUAAUUAACCGCCUUAACUGCCACUUCCCCAAAACAUACAAAAAUAAAGAAAAGAAAAAACAUUUCUUUCUCAUCUUCAAAAACAUCAUAGAAUUGGAAACCCUGAACUUCUCUGUCGCAGAGAACAAGCGGCAGCAACAACAUCAAAAUACAAAGACACGGAAGAAGAAGAAGAGAAGCGAAUGCCUAGUAUCCGGAAAAUGGAAGGAUUUAAGAAGGAAGAAAUAAGAAAAGGGCCAUGGAAAGCAGAAGAAGAUGAUGUGCUGAUUAUGCAUGUUAAAAAAUAUGGUCCUAGAGAUUGGAGCUCUAUUCGGUCCAAAGGCCUUUUACAACGAACUGGCAAAUCUUGUCGUCUUCGUUGGGUUAAUAAGCUUAGACCCAACUUGAAACAUGGGUGCAAGUUUUCAGCAGAGGAAGAGAGGGUGGUGAUAGACUUGCAGGCAGAAUUUGGGAACAAAUGGGCUAGAAUCGCCACGUAUUUGCCUGGAAGGACUGAUAAUGACGUGAAGAAUUUCUGGAGUAGUAGACAGAAGAGGCUGGCUAGGAUUUUGCAGACUUCAGGAACACCUUCCUCUUCUAAUUCCAAGCCACAGAAGAGUAAGAAUGAAUUUCCCGUCUUUCAAGAUGUUCCCACUUCGGAGGCUCCAAUAUUCAGUUCUUCAAUGGAGGAAGAGUCAUUCUCGAAGGCUUGUUCAUCAUCCUACUUGGAUAACCCUGAACAGAUAAGAAUGAUGCCAUUACCGUCUCUGGUUAAGACUGAUUUGCCAAACGGUUAUGCAAAUCUUGGUCAGUAUGAGCCCCUGUCAACGGUUCCCUUCCCUCAGAUCCCACAGCCCCAACCAGGCCUUUUAUUCUCACCAGAAAGCCAUGGGCUCCUGGCUAGGCUGGAUGACCCUUACUUUCUCAAUGUGCUUGGAACCGCAGAUGCUCCUGAACUUGGAGAUGCAGCACAAUUUUCACUUGGGCCUGCAUUGUUUGCUCCAGUAUCAAGUUGUAUGAAUAGUGCAACGGAUGUGACGAAUCAUAUGACCCCAGAUACUCUCUUCGAUGAGUUUCCAUCAGACAUGUUUGAUCAUAUUGAACUGCUUCCAAGUCCUUCAGAGUGGUGAAGGAUUGAUCACAAGGCUGUUUUUAUGUGGGUGUAGAUUUUAUGUGGGUGUAGAAGGAUGACCUCUUGAAUAGU